AUGCUUCGCUCUUCUACCUCCACAACUGCUUUGCGCAACGUCACCCGCGCUUUAAGCCGCCGCAAUGCUUCUACUACAAACAACAUUGCCAUUCAAAACUUAGAAACACGUUGGAAGACACUUUCUACUGCCGAGCAAAACACCAUCGCCAAACAAUUAGAGGAAGUGCAAAAGGGUGAUUGGAAGAAUCUCUCUUUUGAAGAAAAGAAGGCUGCCUACUAUAUUGCUUUUGGUGCUCACGGACCCCGUGAACCUUUGACUCAACCCGGACAUAGCAUGAAGGUUUUCCUUGGUGUUGCUGGUGUCUUGGGUGCCUCUGGUGCUCUCUUCUAUGUCAUUCGUCAAAACGCUCAAGAAACUCCUCGUACCAUCAGCAAGGAAUGGGAAGAGGCUACAAACGAAUACCUGAAGAGUCAAAACUCCAACCCUAUCUCUGGUAUCUCAUCAGAAGGUUACAAAGGAAAAGGUUAUGUCGUUAGCAAAGAAUAA